CUUUGACAUAAGCUGAAUUAUUUGCUAGCGCUUCUUCGGCUGCUAAAGCCAUGGAAUUCCGGGUUGAGCGAUCACAAGCAGCAACGACUUUCUGAGGCGGGCAUCACUUUGCAGACCGCCCAUGACAUGUUAACAUUGAUAUUUGCAGGGCAUGAGACCUCAGUCGAUGCGACCCUUCCUCGAAGAUCACUGACACUGUGUUGUGAAGAUUCCGCCAGUGGAAUUGGCGGAGUGCACGAUAUCGUUCAGCUUCAAAAGGUAGAGCACAGGCCAUGACCGACCCUCUAUCAAUCGCGACAGGCGUCGCCGGCUUACUGUCUCUUGCUGGAAAUGUCAUCAAUCAAUGCUAUCAUUAUGGGUGCGGUGUAGCCGACGCUCCGGAGGAAGCAAAGAAACUCGCAUUCGAGGUGACAAGCCUAAGCGGACUUCUAGUAGGUAUACAAAACCUGGCCAAACAUCAUGAGUUUCCGACCCGAAACAUUCAGCCUGUGCUACAGGAAUGCAGGGCUUCACUACAGUCACUGUCUACAAAGCUACAGAAACACGCUCCGCAACCAACCAAGUCUUCCAAGGAGCAGGUAUUGAGGCGUUUGCUCUGGCCACUCCGCAAGACCGAUUCCGAGCAUCUCAUCGUAGCCUUGGAGAGGAACAAGAGGUCUCUGUCAUUGGCCUUGGACACCUUCUCUGCUGAGGCUCUCAUGCAUCAGAGCACCACAUUGGAAUACGUCUCGGAUACGUUGUCAGACUUAUCGAUUGAAGUCAGAACCAACCAUGCCAACGAUCAGCGCCAACGGAUACUGGACUGGCUCUCUGAAUAUCCGUAUGAGGCACAAUAUCGCCGAGGAUACCAAUUACAUUGCUUCAAGACUUGUAGGUGGUUGCUCGAGCAUCCUGAAUUCAUCAAAUGGUCUCAACGCAGAUCAUCUCUGCUCUGGAUGCACGGUCAAGCAGGAUCCGGCAAGACCGUUACAACGAGUUAUCUAAUCCACCACUUGAGACACCAUCUCACUGCUGAGCGGCACUUGUUGGCAUAUUUCUACUACGAUGCUAGUACCAUUGAGAGCCUCACGCCUGAGACUUUCUUCGGAGCAGUCGUCAAGCAAUUUUGCGCCCAACUUCCACAUAUCCCUGACGACGUGGCGGACGCCUACAAGAAAGCCGCAAAUCGAGUGGGGACACCCAAGCAAGCCAGUCAAAUUGAACUUCAGCGUUUCCUUCUCGAGCUCCUGCGAGAGGCCAGGGCGGCAAUCAUUGUCAUUGACGGUCUGGACGAAACACCUGACUGUGGCAUUGUCUGCGACUUUCUCACGUCGAUCGUCACAUCCGGACACUGUCCACUACGCGUAUUCAUCAGUAGCCGGCCGGAGGUUGACUUGCGACGACGUCUUGGCCGCUUCCAGGAGAUCGCUGUCCAGGAAUCAGCCACCGAAGACGACAUCAGCGUGUACGUGCAGUCUCGAAUCAAUCACGACCACAGGCUCCGCCACAUGAGCGACAAAAUGAAGCGGCGCGUCGAGUUCAGCCUCCGUGCCGAUUGCCACGGGAUGUUCCGCUGGGUCCAAUGCCAACUCGACGCCAUCUCGGGCCUGCGCACCGACGCCGCGAUCAAACAAGCCCUCAACACACUCCCGUCGAGCCUCGAGGGCGCCUACAGCAGGAUCCUUCGCACGAUAGCCCCCGAAGACGUCAUCUUCGCACAACGCGCCCUGCUCUGGCUCGCCCACGCCGCGACACCACUAACGCUCCCCGAACUCGCCACGGCCGUCGUCCUUGAGCCGGGCCUCCUGGACGCAGGCACUCUCGAUCCGGACCUUGCCCUGAACGAUCCGGCCGACAUCCUCGAAAUUUGCGGCAGCCUGGUGUCUUUCAACGCCCUCUCCGGCACGGCGAGGCUGGCGCACCAUUCUGUCCGCGAAUUCCUAACGCAGCGUCUGGACAACACUUCCGAGUUUUACACCCCCACGGGCCCGUCCCACCGGACCAUCGCCGAGUCAUGUCUUUCGUACCUCUUGCUCGACGACUUCGCGUCUGGCCCACUGUACCCGGCCGACUUCACGCGGGCACUGCGCUCGUACCCGCUCCUCCGAUACGCCGCGACGAACUGGCCAUUUCACGUGUCGAUGGCUAGCAAAAGCCCCAGCACCAGCUCCAGUAAAAGCUCCAACGCCGGAACCACCGAAAGGGAAACCGAACGGCAGACCGAAAGAGAAUUGCUACCACUCAUCCUCCGGCUCAUGGCGCCCCAUCAAGAAAACGGAUAUGGAAACAACAACAAAACCCAAAACCAGCGCUUCCUGUUCUGGCUACAAAUCGUCCUCUCCGACAGCCGGCACGGAUACAUCGCGCCAGAUGCCGACCUCGCGCGCGCCACGCCGCUGUACUACGCCGCGAGCUACGGGCUCGUCGAGACGGUGCGCGCGCUGGUCAACAGUUCUGUCAGCUCUGUCAGCUCUUCGGGCGCCAACGCCGAUGUUGAUCUGAACGCCCGCGCGGGCCGGUACGGUGGCACGGCGAUGCAUGCUGCCGUAUGGCGCCAACGGGCCGAAAUCCUGAAGAUCUUGCUCGAUGCGGGCGCCGACCCGAGUGUGCGGGACGACAAUGACAUGACGGCGCCUGAAUUGGCGCUGUGGAGUAAGAGAACUGGGAUGAUGGCUUUGUUCCCGGACGCGGUCAGGGUGGAAGCGAAGUGGUCUUGAGCCUUGACUUUUGACUUUGACUCGGCAUCAUCGGCUUGGUAGAUCUACGAGUAUCACGGGCUGGGAACUAGAUGCGAACAGAUCUCAUUCAUUAUCUUCUUUUCCCUUUUUGGGCAGGAAGUUGUGGUUUACGAGCUUGGAUGCUUUCUCUCCCCUAGAAUCUGGAAUGAGGAUGGAAGCUCGUCAAGGUCAAAGUUCAAGUUCACCCGCAGAUCGUUUCUACAUCCAUCCAUCUCGUCAUGCAACAUGGUGUGGACGCCGAUUGCCACUUUGGCUGUUCUGAGAUGUUUCCAGGGCUGGUCGGAUCCCCCAUGACCUGCCUGGCUCAACUAUGACAUCGACAGAGAUGAAGCACGUCCGUCAAAUAUCAACGUCGUGCUUCAUUCAGCAGCAAUAUCAACGCCGCCGUCCUCGUCGUCAUCCGCCUCUUGCCGUGGCUCAGGCGAGCUACUGUUUCGCCGCUUCAACGGCUCCGCACUCCCUUCGAGCUGUUCGUCGACCUUCUUGUCAAGCACAUCGAUCGUAUCAUCACCACCCUUUGCAGCACCAUUCUGCUUCUGCUGUCCGACCCAUCCUUUACUCAAAUUGACCAGUGGGGUGUCAUCAUUGAACAGCCGCAGAAGCAUCGCUUUUCGCUCCUCCUUGGGCAGCAUCAGAUUCACACUCUGCAGGGACUUCCAUAACGGAAAGACCAUGCGCUCACUCAGCCCUUCCUCACUAUCGCUAGGCUCGAUGAUCAGCACGCAGCAUCCCAUAGGCAUAUCGAGGAUCUGUUUGCCGACUUCGCCAAGAUUCUUGUACUCUUCGCCGUUGAACCGUGGGAACAUUUCGAUCAGCAAUUUGCGCAGUGUCUCUUUCUUGUGGAGUUUGACAACACGCUCCGGACCAACCCACGUCUCGAGGAGACGGAGACCGUCGGUUUGUAUGCGCCAUGGACAGACUUCCGGGGACGGUACAUCCUGCUUGACGAACAUCUUGACACCGGCAUGGACGAAUUUGAUGCCCUUGCCUUCGUUUUCCUGCAGGAUGUCUUUGGCAAGAGAACUCGUGUAGUAGAUGUUCUUGGCUGGAGUACCUUGGGCAUUACGCACCAUGUAUCUAUCCUGCGGGAAGCGUGGGGAGAGGUUGUAGAAUUCCUUGAUCUGGGCGAGUUCGGGGAUCGUCGGCGAGAGGUAUUUGAAGGGUUCUUCGAAUGGUUGAUCUCGGUUCUUUCUUUUCGGAGGUUGUGAGGAUUGUGUCGUGGGCCUCGGCGUGACAGCCUGACCGUUUUGUGUCGGCGUAGUGGAUGACGGUUUCACUCCAUUUGCGGGAGAAUCCUGGGAUUGCUGGCUUCUAACUCGCUUCAUAGGCCCAGUCUCGUCGUCUUCUUCAGUGCGCUUCCUCUUUCCUGUGGAGUCGGCCUCAGAGGGAGUUGAGCC